AUGAAGAGGAAUUCACUCACUACAUUGCCCGACAAUCUGGCGCAGAAACUUCCAAAUCUCAUUGAAUUAUAUUUACACUCAAACAGCAUAGUCAUCGUCCCGGAAGCAAUUGGAAACUUGGCAAAACUCCAGUCAUUGGAUCUGAGUAACAAUGCUCUUCAAAUGCUUUGUCCCGAAAUUGGUCGUUUAAGAUCUUUAAGGCAUCUGCGAUUAUCCAAUAACCAGCUGAACUGCCUUCCUCCAGAGAUUGGAGACCUACAUGAACUAGAGAGUCUGGAUGUAUCCAUGAACAAUCUUAAAUCUCUGCCUGACAGACUGCAUCAUUGCCUAUCACUUCAGAAUCUCACAGCCGACCACAAUCACCUCAGAUAUGUUCCCAGGCAGCUGUGCUGGCUCCAUCGCCUCAAUCAGCUUUCAAUAGCUGCCAACAGACUAAACUUUCUUCCAAUUGAUUUGGGCAGGUCCCGGGAAUUACAGUUUGUGUUUGUUGACCACAAUUCUGAUUUGAAAGGCCUUCCCUCCCACCUUUACACCAAGGCCAUUGGCUGCAGCGGGUGUGGAGUUUCUUCUCAAGUAAAAGAAGAAGAAAUCGAGCCACUGGAAGCAUUACCUGCUGAAGUUAAAGUUGUAGGUUCAGGGACAGGGGCCACUGUGGCUCCCUUAGAAGAACUCGCCUUAAGGACCUUACACUGUGUCUACCUCCACAGGUUAUCAGAUCUGCACCUUAUGCCUAACAUCACAUUGCCCAAGAGUCUGCUGGAGCUGCUGCAGUUUCCUCUGGGCCACUGUCAUUGCUGUAGCCAAGCCAUGUUCACCAUCAUCUAUCCCAAACUGUUCCCAAUCCAAGACACGGCACUAGCAGGAGUGCAUCGCAGGACGAGGCACGAGAACAUCCCCGAAAACAAGACACAAGUUGACAACAAACGGCUAUUUCUGAUUUUUGUGCUUGAGACCCGUGCAGACCAAGUAGCUGAUGAGUCUCUGGAAAGCACUCGGCGUAUGCUAGCAUUGGUUGAGGAGAGCAAAGAUGCUGGGAUCAGGACUCUGGUCAUGUUGGACGAACAGGGAGAACAACUUGAUCGCGUGGAGGAGGGCAUGAACAAGGUCAACGCAGACCUGAAGGAGGCCGAGAAAGAUUUAAAAGAUAUAGGACAAUGCUGUGAACAACUGGAGCGCAUCGAGGAGGGAAUGGACCAGAUCAAUAAGGACAUGAAGGAUGCAGAAAAGAAUUUGAACAAUCUAGGACAGUUCUGUGGUCUAUGUUCAUGUCCCUGUAACAAGAUUAAAGGUGGAGGCCAGGCCUGGGGAGCUAACCAGGAUGGAGUAGUGAACAGUCAGCCUGGAGCUCGAGUGAUGGACGAGCGAGAGCAGAUGGCCAUCAGUGGGGGCUUUAUUCGCAGGGUAACGGAUGAUGCCAGGGAGAAUGAGAUGGACGAAAAUCUGGAGCAGGUGGGAGGAAUUAUUGGUAACCUGCGCCACAUGGCCUUGGACAUGGGUCAGGAGAUCGACACCCAGAACCGCCAGCUCGAUAGGAUCGUGGAGAAGGCUGAUUCCAACAAGACUCGCAUUGAUGAGGCCAACCAGCGUGCAACAAAAAUGUUGGGAAGUGGCUAA